UGCGCCACAAGUUUUUUUUUUCCUGGUAUGAUUUUGCUCCAUGGUGAUCUUUUAGGUCUGGGGGUUGUUUAGACUUUUUUGAUAACUUAAAUUGUGUGAUGUGUACUUAGACUUUGUUUUAUUAAGGGCGGUAUGAAUGCUAUGAGGAAAAUGGACCGGUAUCGAUUUAGGGUUUCCUUGCCUAAGCGAACCAGCGAAUUAGUAGCCCUAAUAGCAAUUUCCAGCACAUUUUUCCUAUUUUUACAUACUAGAGACUUAAACACAAAAUUACGUGAAAUGGAAGUACGAUUACAACCAGAAGAUAUUCUUACAUCAAACCAAUUAAUGUCAGGCAACAGUGCACCAGCAGAAAAUGGAGGAGUCAAAGCCAUGAUGAAGUUACUGCAAAGCACAGGCGAAAUGUCAUCGUUGGAGCCCAACCAACUAAACAACACAAGAAAAGCCCAGCAAGACGUAGUAUUCUUCAAUCGGGUACCAAAAGUAGGAUCUCAGACUUUGAUGGAACUUUUGCGAAGACUGAGCAUAAGAAAUGACUUUGGAUUUCAUCAGGAUCGAGUGCAACGAGUGGAAACUAUAAGACUUGCUCCUGAAGAUCAAGCUGCGUUAUCAGCACUGGUUUCAAGCUACGAACCACCGAGUGUGUACAUUAAGCAUGUGUGUUUUACUAAUGUGUCAUCGUUUGGCUUGCCAGAACCCAUCUACAUUAACCUAGUUAGAGAUCCAAUUGAAAGGGUGAUUUCAUGGUACUAUUACGUCAGAGCGCCAUGGUACUAUGUGGAGAGGAAAAUCGCUUUUCCAGAUCUGCCUUUGCCAGAUCCAAAGUGGUUGAAAAAGGAUUUUGAAGAAUGUGUCCUUUCAAACGACAGGGAAUGCAGAUAUAUCAGAGGUGAAGUCCGAGAAGGUAUUGGAGACCAUCGAAGACAAUCCAUGUUCUUUUGCGGACAUCAUGUGGACUGUUUGCCGUUCAAUACUGAAGGGGCCUUGGAAAGGGCGAAACGUGCCGUAGAAGAAAACUAUGCUGUUGUAGGAGUUUUAGAGGAAAUGAAUACGACUUUGACAGUGUUGGAAAAUUAUGUUCCUAGGUUUUUUGAUGGCGCCUCCGAUGUCUAUUGGAAUGAAAUAAGUAGAUUCAAUCCAAUAAACAAGAACAAUUUCAAGCCGCCAGUGAGUGAGGAAGUCAAGGAUAUUGUAAGGAAAAAUUUUACGAAAGAAAUUGAGUUUUAUGAGUUUUGUAAGCAACGAUUACACAAACAAUAUGUUGCUUUGAAACUUAAUAAGAAUAAACCUUAGAUUUUCUGUUAAUAGUAUGCAUUUUUGGGCUGUGUGGUUUAUAAUAAGUGAUUUCGGGGAAACAAUUUCCUGCACAAUUAUUAUAGACAAUCACUAUAGAAAGAGCAGCGAAUAGGUUAAAUUUGCCAUUUACUUUCUCGAGAAUAGUGACUUUGUCAAGUCUUUUUUAUUUUGACAAUAAUGGACGAAUAUGUACAUUUUUAAAAUUUUUUCAUGUAGAAGUCCUAUUUUUUUAAAAAUUAUAUUUGUGAUGUUAUGUUAUUUCUCCAAUGGAGAUUUGAUUAAGUAUUUUUGAAAUUGAUUGCGGUUUGUUUAAUAGUUGUUUAUUUUUUUUGUAAUAUAUAUAUUUUUGUACCUAUGUAAGUGACUGUAUUAU